AAUGCCCGAAGCUUCUUCCCGAUUGGUGAAACGUAGCAAUUAACUGGUGAACCAUGGAGGAAUAUUAAAGGAAAAAACUAUGUUUUUAUGCCGCACACACGUUUUUCUCCUUGCUGCUCCAAAAAACACCUAAAUUAAACUGUUUGUGUAAUUUUUUUUUUUUACCUUCACUACAUAAAAGUUCAAAACUCCUAGAGGGCCCAAUUUCAUGGAAUCCGUAACGCCGAAUUUUGUGCUAACGGCCCGCAAUUUUGUGCUAACCGAGCUAGCACAAAAAUUCUGCGCUAUCCUUGUAAGCACAAAAUCCUUAGUUACGGGAAGUACGCAUGCGCACAAGCCAAAAUUCCUUGCUAACCCGUGAAAUACGCUAACCGUUAAAAAUGCGAUGCCGAAAAAAUGCGACGCCGAUGGCACAUAUGGAACACCAUACUUUUGGUCAAUUUUUAGGACCGAUCGAACGACCACCAAGUGACACGUAGAAGCUCCUCGUCCUACUCGUCCUACGUGUAUUUGUUUUUGCCUUUGCUAACUUACUUUUUGUUCAAAGUAUCACAUGAUUAGUUUAGUAGUGUACUGGUCUUGGUCUGAAAAGCAUGUUUGGAGUCUGGUGUCGUAUGGAAUGUAUACUCCUAUAAAUUCUAUGAAAUUGAUCUUCAGAGUGAGAUCCCGCUGUGUGCGCACAGCUGUAUGCGCAAUAUCGCCAUAGUAUACAUGUAUAUUUCAGUCCAUAUAUCAUACGACACCAGACCUUUAAGCUUGUGGGCGUGGUUUAUUUUGCACUUCGACUCCACACGUACGUACACCCAUCGACUGGAUUAUUAGCAUAAUGUGAUAGACAUCAAAUCUAAAGGUCGCGAAUAUAAGCAAACAAGAUUUCACUCAAAUCAGUGCACACACUGUACCAUAUACCUGUGACAUUGUUUUUCCUGAGCAACUGGAACGUAGGCCUAGAUCUGUGAAAGCAACGUAAGUUUCCGAGGGUCGUCGUUUUGGAGUAACAAUGCCUGUGGAUAGACAGACGUAUUUCUAUUCAUGGGCCAUCUUGUCUCUGUUGGCCCUGGCAGUUUAUUUGGGAGAGGACAGCAUUGCUGCUAAAGUCAUCGCUGGUACCUUGGCCGUGGCUGGGCUGUACAUUGGAGGCAAGCUGGUGCCCAGGGGUCACGUCAGCCCCGAGGGUAAGGCGGUGUUUAUUACCGGUUGUGACACGGGGUUUGGCAACGGGUUGGCGAGGCGGCUGGACGGCUGCGGCUUCACUGUGUUCGCCGGGUGCUACAUUCCAGAUGACCCGGAUGCCCAACAACUCGCCAAGGAAACCUCGUCUAGGUUGACCAUUGUUCCUCUUGACGUCACGUCUGAUGAAUCAGUGGAAGACGCUAGGGACAUGGUCAAGGCUGGACUACAAAGACAACGGGCUGAGCUGUGGGCGGUGGUCAACAACGCAGGAAUAUGGCGCUGGGGCCUGAUUGAAUGGACAACCAUCAAGCAGUACAAGCAAGUAGCUGAGGUCAACGUGUACGGGAUGAUCAGAGUCACUCAGGCUUUCCUGCCGCUCAUCCGCAGAGCAAAAGGUCGUAUCGUGAACGUCGGUAGCAUUGGCGGACUGUGGACAAUACCUUACAUCUCCAGCUAUUUCAUGACGAAAUACGCCGUCGAAUCGUUCUCCGAUGCGCUGCGUUUUGAGAUGAACCCGUGGGGAGUCAAGGUUGUCUUGGUAGAACCCGGUGAAUACGGUAAGCUAACCGGCAUCGCCCUGCACUCCCGCGAGUCGACCCUUGCCGUCUCCGAGCCGCUCUGGGACGGCAUGCGCGACGACCUGCGCAGAGACUACGGGCGGGAAUACUUCGACGGUCACGUGCAGCGUCUCCACCAGGCGCGCGAGGCAUGCUGGGACGACCUGACGCCCGUCUUGGACGCCAUGUUGGAUGCGGUGGCCUCGGGUAGACCGAAGCACCGAUACCUGAUUGGGGAGUUGUCCACUUACUACUCGAAGUUCAAGUUUAGCCUGCUGCCGUCCUGGAUGACUGAUUGGACCCUUUACAAGCUGGAUGAACCAUUCCCUAAACCGGCAGCACUGAGGGAGAAACACGACUAGACAGUCAUAUCAGUAUUAAGGUCGAUCAAGCACAAGCAAUAUACAGCUUGCUGAGAGCGCCCUCUUUUGUGGGCAGGUCUCUGUUCCUCUCUGAUAUUCAUGAGUAGACAUUUUGCACUUUCGUUCGCUCGU